CCCUCUCUCCUCCUUUCUCUAUCCGUCCCAAUCUCUUCAGCCUCUCUGCUUUAUUAUGAUCUCCAAAGCACUCAUUCACAACAUAAACGUGAGCCCCAUUUCGUUCAUCAUGAACUUUAUCUUUCUCGCAGCUUCAAUCUUUCUCCUUUAUUCACCAUCUCUUUGUGUUUCCAUCGAGGACGACGUGGUUUGCCUCGAAGGUGUAAAGAACUCAUUUUCUGACCCAAAUGGAAAACUCAGCUCUUGGAGCUUCAGCAACACUUCUGUAUCCUCAAUCUGCCAGCUCGUCGGAGUUUCUUGCUGGAACGAGAAGGAGACCCGCAUCAUCAGCCUCCAGCUCCGUGACAUGCAGCUCGCCGGAAAGCUCCCUGAGUCGCUCAAGUAUUGCCGGAGUCUCCAGACCCUCGUACUCUCUGGUAACGCUCUCUCUGGUUCGAUUCCUCCUUAUAUCUGUAGCUGGUUGCCUUAUUUGGUGACCCUAGAUCUCUCCGGUAACCAAAUCUCGGGUUCUAUCCCACCCGAGAUUGUAAAUUGCAAAUUCUUGAAUACCCUUACUCUGAACGAUAACAAAUUAUCGGGUUCGAUCCCUUACGAACUGAGUCGGCUUGACCGAUUGAAGAAGCUCUCUGUUGCCAAUAACGAUCUCUCGGGUUCCAUUCCACCGGAUUUGUCCAAAUUUGACGCAGCUGAUUUUGAUGGGAACAGUGGAUUAUGCGGGAAGCCAGUUGGAUCAAAGUGUGGUGGAUUGAGUCGUAAAAGUCUCGGGAUUAUCAUUGCUGCUGGUGCGAUUGGAGCCUUGGGAUCUUUAGUUGUGGGUUUCGCUCUCUGGUGGUGGUUCUUCCUGAGAGUCAGUGAGCAAAAGAAAGAGUAUAGUGGUUCUGGUGGCGGGAAGCAAGUGGGCGAUUGGAUUGAUUUGUUAAAGUCACACAAGCUUGCUCAAGUUUCUUUGUUCCAGAAACCCAUUGUGAAGGUCAGAUUAGCUGAUUUACUAAUCGCUACUAAUAGCUUUCAUCCGGAAAAUAUUGUGAUUUCUAGUAGAACAGGAGUCUCUUAUAAGGCAGUUUUGCGUGAUGGGUCAGCUCUUGCGGUGAAGAGGCUUAAUUCUUGCAAACUUGCUGAGAAGCAAUUUAGAUCAGAGAUGAACAGGUUGGGGCAGCUCAGACACCCUAAUUUGGUGCCUCUGUUGGGUUUCUGUAUGGUGGAAGAGGAGAAGCUUUUGGUGUACAAGCACAUGUUCAAUGGGACCUUGUAUUCUCAGUUGCAUAAAACUGGUCAUGCUAAUAAUAGUCAAUAUAUUUUUCUGGACUGGCCAACGAGGCUGAGAAUUGGGAUAGGUGCUGCCAGAGGACUUGCUUGGCUUCACCAUGCUUGUCAACCUCCCUAUAUUCACCAGAAUAUCAGCUCAAAUAUAGUCCUUCUUGACUAUGAUUUCGAAGCUCGAAUAACGGGUUUCGGAUUGGCGAGGCUUGUGGCCACUCGCGAUCCCAAUGAUAGCUCCUUUGUGAAUGGCGACCUGGGUGAAUUUGGUUAUGUUGCUCCUGAGUACUCAAGCACCAUGGUUGCUUCCAUGAAAGGCGAUGUUUAUGGUUUUGGAGUUGUUCUCUUCGAAUUGGUCACUGGGAUGAAGCCGGUGGAAGUAAACACGGGAGGGGAAGGAUUCAAAGGGAAUUUAGUGGAUUGGGUCAAUUGGUUAACAGUGACAGGAAGAACUAAAGAAGCCAUAGAUAAAGCUUUGUUAAAUGAAAAUCCUGAACAUGGUGAUGAAUUUAUGCAGUUCAUGCGGGUUGCCUUAUCUUGUGUUGUCUCUAGACCCAAAGAUAGACCUUCCAUGUACCAAGUUUUCUCCUCACUGAAGAGCAUGGCUGAGAAACAUGGUUUUGCAGAUCAGUAUGAUGACUUCCCAGUUGUCUCUGGCAAAGAAGACUCUGACUACAAUAAGAAUUAGCCUACCAUUAGGGAGGAAGAAGAAGAAGCAGCAGCACAACAUGAGUUGUGCAUAUGAGAGACGCUGAGACUUUCAGAUUUCACAUAUACCUUCCUUUUCUUUUCUUUUUUUUGGUAGGACGAUUUGUAACUCGUAUUGUUCACUUCAUGCUCAGCGUAAUUCUGAUAAUAUCCCGCCUUAUGUAAACAGUAUGAUGCAUCUGGUUCUUUGAUUGUUACUAUCUACCUGACAUGCCGUUAUUCUGAA